AGUUCCAUUUCCCUCAUCCCGACAAGCACACGACGUCGUAUAUAUUAAAACGCCAUCGUUUCAUGAACUUACUAGGUCAUCUAAACUUCAUAGUGGCUAUAAAUGUUUGAUUUCAUCCCCAAUUUUUCUUUCGACUUUUCUUCCACAAAUUCCCAUUGCAUUCUUCCGUCCAUCUUUUCGGAGAAAAAUUUCCGCCCAGGCGUUCAUAAACAAAAAAGGAAAAAAAAUGAAUCGGUGGGAAAUUCAACAGAACGCCGUCGUGGUAGGUUGUUGCGAAGAGAUGAGGAGCCCAGUUGCCGUAUCGUUAUCGAAUCGUAAUGGAUCGGGUUCGGUUCUUGUUUGCCCUAAACCUAAACGAAUCGGGUUUUUAGCUAGUACUCUUACUAUGUCAUUGAGAUGGCAGCGAAGCCAGCAAGCAGAGGUAUAUGAUUCAAAAGAUGGAGCAGAGCUUCUGGACAUGAUACUUAGAAAGAAUGAUGUCCAUGGUGAAGGAAAACGCAUAACAAAAGAGAUAGCAUCAUCCCCCCCAUUUUUUUGCGGAUCACCACCUUGUAGAGUUUCUAAUCCAAUAGUACAGGACUCGCAAUUCGGGGACGAAAAUUUAUCCCCAUUAUCGACUUUACAACUCGCAUCAUCCCCUUCAACGACCACAUCUCCUUCACCUUCACCAUCAGCUAUGAAAUCCGGUGGUGUUAGGAUGAAGUUUGGUCUCAAAUCGCCCACAGUUAGAGUAGAAGGUUUUGAUUGCCUUAACAGGGAUCACCAGAAUUCAGGCAUCACUGCUAUGGCGUAAAAAGAAACAUAAGAACAAAUUCGUUUGGAUAAAUGUAUAUACAAAGCUCAACUCAAGUGAAGCUGCCAUUGAUCUUUGAUCAAUUAUGGAUUUUUUCGAGAUUUUGGUGAUUAAGAACCAUAAAUUUUUUGUGAUAUAGAUAAAUUGGUUUAAGAGAGAAAUUUGUGUUUGCCAUUGUGUAUAUAGGAUGUGGUUAUUUUACUCUUAAGUCUAGAAUACUAAGGAGAGAUUAGAUGUCUUAGAGAUUCUGGUCUCUGUUUUUUUGUACUAUAUAUACUUCAUAUAGUAUUUGAGAAAAGAUUGCAAGAGGAAUUUGUAAAGACAUGCCAUUGAAGUGGUCUGACUGAUCUUGUAACUUAUGGUGUAAAUAAAUGCUCAUUUGCUUAAAGAUGAAGAAGAAUCUUUUAUAAA